UUAUCACUGCCGGAACUUUAACAAUGUGACACAUCCAGCGGAAGUAAACAAUGCAGGCGGUACAGCAGCGUUAGCUCUAUGGAUGUAUGGAAAUAGCUGGGAGAUGAUGGUGUAGUUGUUGUGUAGAAAAAUAUUUAACAUAUAAUUAGACAACAAUGUGUUCAGUUGAGUCUUUGAGAGAGUUUGUCAACGAGCGACUAACUGCUGCUGCUGAAGAAAUAUUGGGAGUUUUUCAAAGAAGCAUCGUCGAGUACGAGGAAGAGAUCGAUCGUCAGCGCAGACUGUUGGAUAUCGUUUUGAAGCCUGAAAUAAAGUUACACAGGACAGAGCUCCCACAGCAACAUGUGUGUAAGGAGGAGGAGGUUGUCCCUGAGCAGCAGCUCUGUAUUGAGGAGAGGAAGUCCAGUGUGGACCAAGAGGAGCCAGAGCCUCCACAGAUUAAAGAGGAAGAGGAGGAAGUGUGCAGCAGUCAGGAGGGAGAGCAGCUUGUAGUGAAGCAGGAGACUGAUGGCUUUAUGUUGACUCCUGCUGAUGAGGAAAGUGAGCAGAGUGAAGAUCAGACUCUGGACUUCAUUCAUGAUGACACUCAAAGUGCAGCAGAGAAAGAGUCUGUCAUCAGCGUACCAUUUAUAACCUAUGUGAUACCAACCAGUGACCACCAGCUGCUCUCUGACAACUCUCGUGUUGUUGAAGGCCAAGAUGAGGAAGGAGGACAUCAUGAAAACGAUACUCACAGUAACAAUGAUAACAACUCUGCCAUGUCAAAGAUUCACCUCAGAACUCACACAGGCGAAAAAUCUUUCAAAUGUGACACUUGUGGAAAAGCUUUUCGGUAUAAGUCAGACUUAAAUGUACACUUGAGAGUCCACACAGGUGAGAAGCCGUUUACAUGCAACACAUGUGGGAAAGCUUUCAGACAUAAUAGUGGGUUAACAGUCCACAUGAGAACCCACAGCGGUGAGAAGCCAUUUAAAUGCAAAACAUGUGGGAAAGCUUUCAGAUAUUGUAGUAGCUUGUUGGCCCACAUGAGAAUCCACACAGGUGAGAAGCCAUUUACAUGUAAAACAUGUGGGAAAGCUUUCAGACAGAGUAGUGAGGUUAGAGUCCACAUGAGAAUCCACACUGGGGAGAAGCCGUACCUUUGCAGUACAUGUGGGAUAAGAUUCAGUGACAACUCAGCAUUGAAAAGUCAUAUGAGAAUCCACUCGGGUGAGAAGCCGUUUAGAUGUAAAACAUGUGGGAAAGCUUUCAGGCAGAGUAGUGAGGUUAGAGUCCACAUGAGAAUCCACACUGGGGAGAAGCCGUACCUUUGCAGUCCAUGUGGGAAAAGAUUCAGUGACAACUCAGCAUUGAAAAGUCAUAUGAGAAUCCACUCGGAAGAGAAGCCGUUUAGAUGCAAAACAUGUGGGAAAGCUUUCAGACAUAAUAGUAGCUUGUUGGCGCACAUGAGAAUCCACACAGGUGAGAAGCCCUUUCCUUGCACAACAUGUGGGAAAGCUUUUGGACAGAAAAUGCACCUGAAUGUCCACAUGAGAACACACACUGGUGAGAAGUCAUAACUGUGUAAGACCUUCAAGAAAUGAUACUUUCAUGUGUCUCAGUCGGAAAGGCAUAUAAGACCUCAUACAGACAAGUGGCCUUGUGUUUGUAAAACAUGUAGGAGAUGAAUCAGUUCUGGUUCAUGGUCAAAACACACAAGAACUCAUGGAAGUGAGGAGUCACGUUUGCAGCACUUGUGGGUAAAGUUCUACUGAAAUCACACCUGAGGAUCAAUAAACAGGAGAAACCAUCGAGCUAAAACUCCUGUGUGGACGUGUUCGCUAAUUGAAUGAAGUAAAAUUCAUCAUUGAGAGGAGACAACAAUAUGUUGAGGAAGUACAUUUUAAAAACGUCAAAAUCUUACACUCAUAUCAUGUUUUUACUCACAUUUCCACCGACCACAGUACUUCUUUGAAACAGUCUAAUUUUUUUUAAGACUCUGUUGCACCAUCAGUGCAGAAUUCCUCAGUAGUGUAGAUGCUGUGGUCCAAACCUUUGCUGUUGGAGUCAAAUCCAAAAAUUUGUUGUCAUGGUAGCUAGAAAUCCACCGUAACGGACAUUUCAUUCCAGCUCACAACUGUUUCAGCAGCAACACAAGACAACAAAUAAUUAUAAUAACACAGCUUUUUAUGGUGACGAUUUAAGAACACCAGAUCGAAGUCUAAAGCUGUUAGUGGUUUCUGUUCAUCAAGGCUGCAGAUGGGUGUGACUGACAUUGAAAGUAAAAGUAGUAAUAAUGAAGAAUGGUUCUUUUCUGAGUGUUAAUUUAUCACAUGUAAGAGGUGUUUUAAUGUUGCAGCUCAUCAGCUGGAGGUCAAGAUAAAGUAUAAUUUGAUACUGUUUGAUCAGUGAUGCUGCUUCAUAUUGAACAAGCAUGUGUGCAGUGGAGUAAUCUAACUACAUGUACUCAAGUACUGUAUUUAUGUACAGCAUUGAUUGUCCUCAGAUGGCCACAAUUGCAUGUCUAUUCUACAUAGAUAUGAAAUCUGGAACACUUCAAAUAAAUAUAAAAACAUGA